AUGAGUACUAAGCAUUGUCCAUCGCCGGGUCGUGUAAAAUGUAGUGCAUGUCAGACAAAUGCAAUAGGCCGUUGUGAUGGAUGUGGACGACGUUUUAAUCUAAUGUGUUUUCAACAACAUGAUUGUACCGCUGCACGUACGCCUUACCGUACAACAGCUCGUUUAAAACCUGAAUGUCAAUUUUGUUCAAUGAUAGUACCCAUAAAGAAUGUUAAAAGUUAA